GAAAAUGACUCAGGCACUUUGGACACAGUGGGCGCCGUGGUUGUGGACCAUGAAGGGAAUGUUGCUGCUGCUGUCUCCAGUGGAGGCUUGGCCUUGAAACAUCCGGGGAGAGUUGGGCAGGCUGCUCUUUAUGGAUGUGGCUGCUGGGCUGAAAAUACUGGAGCUCAUAAUCCCUACUCCACAGCUGUGAGUACCUCAGGAUGUGGCGAGCAUCUCGUGCGCACCAUACUGGCUAGAGAAUGUUCACAUGCUUUACAAACUGAAGAUGCUCAUCAAGCUCUGUUGGAGACUAUGCAAAACAAGUUUAUCAGUUCACCUUUCCUCGCCAGUGAAGAUGGUGUGCUUGGUGGAGUGAUUGUUCUCCGUUCAUGCAGAUGUUCUGCAGAGCCUGACUCCUCCCAAAAUAAGCAGACACUUCUAGUGGAAUUUCUGUGGAGCCACACAACGGAGAGCAUGUGUGUUGGAUACAUGUCAGCCCAGGAUGGGAAAGCCAAGACUCACAUUUCAAGACUCCCUCCUGGUGCAGUGGCAGGACAGUCAGUUGCAAUCGAAGGUGGGGUUUGCCGCCUGGAGAGCCCUGUGAAUUGACCUUUCAGACUGAGUUCCAACUGUCUGAGAGACAUUUCAGAACCUGAGCUUUUUGGAUUUUUAAACUGAAGUUGGAUGUUUUACCUUCCUUGUUUUAUAGUUCCUAUUGCAACUUCGUGCACUGCUUGGGACUCAAGUGCUGCUAUAAUUGGCACUUAGUGUGACGUAUGGGCCUUUGGUGGGUGAGCAGGACAAUGUGUGUGGGUGUGGGUGUGAGUGUGUGGGUGCUUGUUUGUGCAGCGUGUGCUCCUUCUCCCUUGAUGAAAUAGAAUCUCCUCAUUGUGUACCUAAGACUGGGAAUGAUCAAAUCAUCUUUACAAAAUGUGUGCUUUAAACUGUUUACAAGUAAAACCUAAAGUUGCAGGAAUCACUUUUUAUUUCAUAAGGAGGUACCAACCAUCACUGGUGUAACAUGUCCGGAUUAAGGAGUAAAUGUACUUGUUUAAAUGGUGUGACAGUGAUAGUGCUCCAUUUAAUAACAGUGAUAAGUAAUAAGGUGUUUUUAUUUGUCAACCAGUUUAAGUAGAUCCUGUGGUAACUUAAACUGUUGUUCUCAUCCCUUAUAUGGGGCAUUUUUCUUUAACAAAGAAUGGUUUCAGUGAAACAAUCUAGCAGAGAAUUAAGGUCAGAACCUUUUUAAAUAAUAAUCUUAUCGAUAAAGUUUGUACUUCUUUCCUCAGCUUUUUUAAGCUUGAAUAUUGCAUAGCUUCAAGCUGUAUGUACUAUAAUGAAAGAAUAUGUAAAGAGAACAUACAGUAAUGCACAGUCCUUAAUUUGUGUAUAAUGGAAUGUUAUUUACAAUGUAAUACUGUAAAUAAGAAAGCAAAGUUUAUGGAAAAUUCAAUAUUAUCUUUGUUUCUUGUUUAAAUAUAUUUUUAAGAUAAAGGCACAAAAAAUAAAAGAAACAUAUUACUGGAUAUAGUGUGUGUCUCCUCUUCUCAGAUAAUAAAUUAUCCUUUGAAUCCUAGAUU